AUGGCUCUAGCAAAUGACACAGAUGUCGAGUUAAACGACCUGGUUCAGCGAUUUUGGGCCAUCGAGAAUUGCAAUGACUCCGCACCAAAGACUACAGUAGAGGAAGACUUGUGCGAAGAACAUUUCAUCAAAACCCAUAAGAGAUUAGAAUCUGGUGAGUUUUCGGUUCGAUUGCCAGCAAAAUCGCCUCAUUGCGAAUUAGGAGAAUCGUAUCAGCAGGCCAUCAAUCGGUUCAAAGCUUUAGAGCGGAAAUUUCAGCGCAAUGCUGAACUAAAACAACAAUAUUCGUCAUUUAUCAAGGAGUACCUUGAUUUGAAUCAUAUGUCAGUCGUUGACACUAUACCAAAGCAAAUUCCAGUGAAUUUUUUGCCGCAUCACUGUGUGUUGAAAGCUGAUAGCACAACAACAAAACUGCGCGUGGUUUUUGAUGGCUCUGCGGCAACCAGCAAUGGACGUUCGCUGAAUUCGAUCCUGAUGAAAGGACCAACUAUUCAACCACCUCUUUUUGAUAUUUUGCUUAGAUUUCGCACAUUUAAAAUUGCUCUUACUGCAGACAUCGCUAAAAUGUACCGGUGCGUAAGAAUGUCUCAUCCAGACAACUUCCUUCAAUGUAUAAUAUGGAGGGAUAAUCCUAAUGAAGAUUUCUGCAUUUUUAAAUUAGAUACCGUCACCUACGGAACAAAGCCAGCUUCUUUUCUAGCCAUUCGAGCAAUGCAGCAACUUGGCCGUGACGGAGCUCUCGUCUAUCCCGUUGGAGCCGAGACGAUACACCAUGGAUUCUAUGUGGAUGACAUGAUUUUCGGUGCAGACUCUGUGGACGAAGCUAAAGUCGUGCUAAACCAGACAAAGAAAUUGUUAACUCUUGGAAACUUUCACUUGAGGAAAUGGUGCUCCAAUGAUGAUCGCGUUUUGGCUGAUAUAGGUGGUAAUGACAGACAGGACUUUCUAACCUUCGAUGAUGGUGCAAGCAUAACAAAGACACUUGGAUUGGUUUGGGACCCAAAGUUGGACGUAUUCAUAUUUUCAUUUUCUCCUUUCGCAACACCAACCAAGGUAACUAAGCGUACAAUCCUUUCAGCUAUAGCUAGGCUUUACGACCCGCUUGGUUUGAUUGGACCUGUGGUGGCCAAAGCCAAAAUAUUCUUGCAGCAUUUGUGGAAGGAGAAGCUACAUUGGGACGAAAGCCCACCUCAAGCGUUACAAGAAGAAUGGCUGGAAAUAUGCAACCAAUACAAGCUAGUUGCUCGUUUUAGUUUCGACCGUUACUUGAUAAUGCCCGAGGCGGACCUACAAAUACAUGGGUUUUGCGAUGCGAGUAUUGCUGCUUAUGGUGCCUGCAUAUACAUACGUGCUGAAAGUGACGGACACAUACUAACCAAUCUUCUCUGCUCCAAAUCUCGUGUAGCUCCACUUAAAGCGCUCACGGUACCGAAGCUUGAGCUUUCUGGAGCAUUACUUUUAGCCGAGUUAAUCGCAAAAGUGGUAAGCGCAACGCAUUUCAAAGGAAAAAAGGUAUUUUGUUGGUCAGACUCCACAAUAGUGCUAUCAUGGCUACGUAAUGAACCGGCCAACUUCAACGUUUUUGUCGCAAAUCGUAUUAAUGCAAUUCAGACCCUAACUAAAG